GGCCAUUAAUUACUCCCCUGCUUCCGAGAAACAGAGAGCGAGUUCGAAAGAGAGAGAGCGAGGCGGCGACCGAGAUGGCUGACUGGGGCCCCGUGGUGAUCGCGACGGUGCUGUUCGUGCUGCUCACGCCGGGGCUGCUGUUUCAGCUGCCGGCGCACGGCCGGAUCGUGGGGUUCGGCACCAUGCACACCAGCGCCAUGGCCAUCCUCGUCCACACAGUCCUUUACUUCGCGCUCGUCACCAUCUUCCUCAUUGCGAUCGGUGUCCACAUCUACGCAGGCUAGUCUAUCCUUCAAUCCCGUGUCGCUACACCUGUUAGCUCUCAAGUUUCAGCCCCAACCAGUUCAUCGCUUCUCUUUUAUUCCAUUGUGAUAUGUAAUCUGGAUGUGAUAUGUGAUGCCGUUUAUGCUUGUUUCGUUACUUCUGCUAGUCUCAGCAGCGAUGAUGGUGUAUCUUGUUUAUUUUUCUGCUGCGACGAGAACAAUACAGAUUCGAUGUUGUAGCUCAGUAUAUUGUAUUAACAGAGAUUGGAUUCUCUUAUCUGUUCUUUCUUUUUCUUUUUCUUUUAUUGCCUGAAUAUGCCUGUGCUUGGAAUUUAGAUGAUAUUGUCCGGGGUUAUUAAUUGGAUCCGGACGGUGAACGAAAAGUACUUGUUGUGAUUUCUAUUUC